AUGUUAGAAAUACCCACUGGUGCCAAACAACACGUAUACUUGGCGGGAAACAAUCCAGAAAGACACCCGAGGAGUACAUGGAUUGAAUUCGCAUGGUUCAUGAAAAUUGACCGGCAGAUAGCCCACUUUGAGAGUGUCCGAAGUUCACAAAUUCCUGACGAUAUUCCAUUGAUCAAAAAGGUUCACAACACGAAGAUUGACAAGGUUGGUCUUAGGCUCAACCGAGGCGGUCACCACACCAACUACAACACAUCACUGAUUCGGCAUCCAUAA